CUCCCCUCCACUUCUCCCUUUCUAAAGAGGAAACAAACCCAAAAAAAUAAAACAUAAAAAUAAAAAUAAAGAAUUCAAUUCCGUUUACGCAGCCGACCCUAUUUUCUCUAUUUACAUCUGUCCCCAAUCACUCCACAAAUAUAUACUUUUUUCAAUUUAUUCUUUCCGUUGCGAGAGAAGAAAGAAAAGAAUGGCUGCAGCGGUUGCGGUACCAGUGGUUACGGAUCAAACAGCGGCAGUGGUUGCUCCUGCAGAGGAAACGCCUGCAGCCGAACAGUUUCCGAACAGGUCGCUCUACGUUGGGGAUCUGGAGCAUAACGUCAAAGAAGGACAACUGUUUGAUCUGUUUAGCCAGGUGGCGCCGGUUGUUUCCACUAGGGUUUGUAGGGAUCAGGCUGGACUAACCUCGCUCGGCUAUGCUUAUGUCAAUUUCAGCAAUCCUCAAGAUGCUGCAAAAGCAAUGGAGGUUCUGAACUUCACCCCUUUGAAUGGGAAACCUAUCAGAAUUAUGUUUUCUCAUCGUGAUCCUACAACAAGGAGAAGUGGACAUGCAAAUGUCUUUAUCAAGAAUCUGGACACUAAAAUUGAUAACAAGACCUUGCACGAAACAUUUGCUUCCUUUGGGCCUGUCCUUUCCUGCAAAGUAGCUGUUGACAACAAUGGUCAAUCAAAAGGUUAUGGCUUCAUACAGUUUGAAAACGAGGAAGAUGCUCAGAGUGCAAUCAACCGUUUGAAUGGCAUGUUGGUAAACGAUAGAGAAGUUUAUGUUGGACCUUUUGUUCGACGCCUAGAAAGGAUUGAGGCUAAUGGGUCACCAAAAUUUACUAAUGUUUAUGUUAAGAAUUUGUCUGAGACAACUUCUGAUGAGGACCUUAAGAAAAUUUUCAGCAGUUAUGGUGCCAUCACCAGUGCAAUUGUUAUGAAGGACCAAAAUGGGAAAUCUAGAGGUUUUGGUUUUGUGAACUUCCAGAGCCCAGAUUCUGCUGCUGCUGCUGUUGAGAAGUUGAAUGGGAUGACCUUCAGUGAUAAGGUUUGGUAUGUUGGGAGGGCCCAAAGGAAAGGAGAAAGGGAGGCAGAGUUGAAAGCCAAGUUUGAACAGGAAAGAAAUAGCAGGUAUGAGAAAAUGAAGGCUGCUAAUCUCUACCUAAAAAAUCUUGGUGACACCAUUGACGAAGAAAGAUUGAAGGAAUUAUUUUCUGAGUUUGGAUCUAUAACAUCAUGCAAGGUCAUGCUUGAUCAACAAGGGUUAAGUAAGGGCUCUGGUUUUGUUGCCUUUUCUACACCAGAGGAAGCUUCAAGAGCUUUGAGUGAAAUGAAUGGAAAGAUGAUAGGAAAGAAACCCCUGUAUGUAGCCAUUGCCCAACGCAGAGAAGAAAGGAUGGCUCGGCUGCAGGCACAUUUUUCCCAAAUUCAGGCACCUGGACUGCCAACUUUACCUUCAGGACUUCCUGGAUAUCAUCCUGGCACACCUAGGCUUGCACCACACCAGCUCUAUUUUGGCCAAGGAACUCCUGGCAUGAUGCCCCCUCAGCCUGCAGGCUACAGUUUCCAGCCGCAACUCUUGCCUGGAAUGCGUGCUGCUGUUGGCCCCAACUUUGUUAUGCCGUAUCAGCUGCAAAGGCAAGGACAACAGGGGCAGAGGAUUGGUAUGCGGCCUGGAGGGAACCACCAACAGAUGCAGCAGCAGCAGCUAUUGCACCGGAAUACUAAUCAGGGCUUAAGAUACGUGGGCAACGCAAGAAAUGGCAUAGAUUCGUCUGUGGUUCCACAAGGUUUUGUUGGUCCAGUGAUGCCGUUGCCCUUUGAGGCUUCAGGGAUGCCUAUAACUCCUAGUCAUGCCCAGCCAACCACUCCAGUGCCAAUUUCAACUCUCACAACCGCUCUGGCUUCUGCUACACCGGAGAACCGCAUGAUGAUGCUGGGUGAACAGCUUUAUCCCCUUGUGGAAUGUCUGGAGCCAGAUCAUGUGGCAAAGGUGACUGGGAUGUUAUUGGAGAUGGAUCAAACAGAGGUGCUGCAUCUUAUUGAAUCUCCAGAUGCUCUCAAGAAAAAGGUGGCCGAGGCAAUGCAAGUCCUUCAGGAAGCUGGUGCUUCUAGCGUUGGUGAUCAACCUGGCUCCUUGGCACUCAAUGAAUGAAGCAUAGCUUAUUUUCGUGGGUAAAUACAAUGAUUGAUACAUUGGUGUUUAUGAGCACGGUUUUUAGGGCUUGAUGACCCCACCCUUUUUUAGAAUUUUAUCUGAAACUAAUAUUAUAGGACCUUACUUUAUUUAGUGGAUCGGCAGCUUAGACUACCGAAUUUGAGCAUGACAGCGA